AUAUAUAUAUAUAUAUAAUAUAUAUUAUAUAUAUACAUAUACAUACAAAUGUACAGUGUGCCUCUGUUUUCUCACAAAGCCAAAGAAAUUCAACGGAGGAAAGAACCUAGAAAGUUGGGACAGACUGUUCCAAACAUGCCGUCGCCGUUUUACCAAUCAGAGAUUCAAACCGCCGACUCUCGGGCGUGAUUGCCCAAAGCCAGCGGCCGUGCACGCUGCACAGCUGGACCCGUUUGCAUUAAGAAGGGUUGGAGUUUACACUCAUCUCAAAGCAAAGCUGCUGGAUACCACUCGGUCAGAUUAAUCCGUGUUGGAGCAGAGGUCACCAGGGUCACCAUGUAUACGAGCUGGCGAGAUGAGGAAAACUAGAGAGAGAGCGCGAGAGGGGGAUGAAUCGACACAAUAUGGAGAGCAAAGGGAAGGGAAAGUAACAGAUGGAUUUGUGAGGAUUAGAGAAAUCUGGGGUGGGUUUCUGAUGGAAACUCGCCCAAGACAGAGGAAUAUGUGAUGAGGGAGCGCAGAAGAAAGGUGAAGGGAAACCGAGAGCCCCGUCCGAGGCGCCGGCAGGGGAACACGGGGUCGUCCAGACAAAGACAGCAUGAGAUUCACUUGACAUUAAUCCUGCAAGAUUACCAAAGAUUACCAAGGCCAGAGGUAGGCCUGAAAUACAAUCCCUCCUAGAGAGGUGGAGGAACAGGUGGAAGAAGGGGAUGUGCCCUCGGAGCGCGACUGAUCCGCAGGAUAAGAUUAAGGCAUCCAUCCUCGUCCAAGAAAAGCAAACGUCAUGAACCAAAAACCAGAAGAAAGAUGAUAGGAAAAUGGGGUAGUGCUGCGGGUCGGCGACUAGAAAUGGCCUCGUGCCGUAACGUCUAAGAGACAAGGAGGUCUCGAAUUCAAAGGCCAUGAACUACUUUCCUGGAUUUCUUUGACUGCAGCUGGAGCGGGAGGAGAGCCAGAGUUCCUCCUCUGGCCUGCACAUCUGUCUGUGUCUUACUGGCAGUGAUUAAAUCCCCCGCUUUUCAUCUUUCUGUGUUCCACUCUCCGCUCUCAGCCUCCCGUCUGUCGACCGCUCGCCUUUCCUCAACUCCCCCAGCCCUCCCUCCAUCCCCGAUCCCUCCGCCGCCCUCUUUGAAUCACUUCUGCGCUCCACGACAAACAAAUCCCGAUUAGUCAGCAGAAAACCUCAGAGGGCCGAGACCUCCGAGGCACUCGAACAAGUUUCUCCCGGGCCUGUCGACCCCACGGCGAGAAGCGACGAUGCUGGAGAACAUGUCCAGACGUAACCGCUCCCUGCUGUCGCUCUCCCUGACCUCCAUGGCCCUCACGCUGUCCGUCUGGGCCUUCUGCACCUCCUAUUGGUGCGAGGGGACGCACAAGGUGGUGAAGCCCCUCUGCCUCUCGCCCGUCAAGUUGAAGAACUGCGGGCAGAACGACAGCCAGCCGUACACCACAGAGGCCCCCACCCCGGACCCCAGGCAGCAGGCCUCCAACGUGACGCUGUCUCCGCUGCAGAAGGAGGAGCUGGCCUCCACCAGGAGGAAGCAGAUGGCCAACGCCGUCCAAUACAUAUGGGAGACGGGCGAGGACAAGUACAUGCUGCGCUACUUCCACACGGGCUUCUGGCUCUCCUGCGAGAAGCACAAUGAAGGUGAAGAUCAGGAAGAAAAGUGUCGCAGCUUCAUUGAGCUGACCCCCGGAGAGACACAAGGUGUCCUCUGGCUGGCGGUCGUCAGUGAGUUCUCCUACAUCGGCCUGCUGGCCAUGGGCUUCCUGCUGAUGUGCGUGGAGGUGAUCUGCAUGUGCGCCAAAAGGGAGAUGAACGCCCUCAAGUUCAACGCCUUCGCCGCCAUGUGCACCGUCCUCUCAGGUUUGAUGGGCAUGGUGGCACACAUGAUGUACACCACGGUGUUUCAGAUGACCGUGAGCAUCGGGCCCAAAGACUGGAGGCCACAGACCUGGGACUACGGAUGGUCUUUUGCCAUGGCGUGGCUGUCCUUCAGCUGCUGCAUGGGGGCCGCCGUGGCCACGCUCAACUCCUACACCAAGACCCUCAUAGAGAUGAAGCGCCGGGCCCGGGUGAGGCUGGACGAGGCUCGCGCCGCCGCCUGCGCCCCCUCCUACGAGGAGGUCCUUCGGGCUGGAGGGAGCGUCUACUCCGUCAGAAUGGGGGCGGCGGGAGGAGCUGGGGGAGCGGGAGUUGCCCUCUUCGGGGGGAGCGGGGUUGGGAUGGAAGGAAUGGGAGCAGCGGGAGGAGCUGGGGAAGCGGGGGGAUGCGGAAUGGGGGGGCGGAGGCUGGUGGACCCUCAUGGCGUGGUGGUGGAGGGAUGCUGCGCUGAAGGAUGUGAAGACUGCGAGCGGGAGAUGGACGAGAUAGAAUACGCUGUGCAGGAGGAGAGAGAGGACUCGCUCUGCUGAGAUUUCCAUAAUAUCCAUCGUUCUUCCUAAGUAUCCGGCUUCCCAUGAUAGUUCUGGACUGUGUUCUAAACCAACUCACAGCUCCAACGCUCACACCUUUGCUUUAAUGAGGGAGGUUGGACGCCACCAUGGAGUCCGUGUGCAGCAGGAGAAGCACAAACAUCAGGAGUAAAAGGUGCAAAAGGGAGUUAAUUGUACACAUUUCUGCUAAUAACUUUGUUAUUUCGUGACAAACCCUCGUCUUUCCAAAGAGUCAGUUUAGGGAUAUCGUCUUUAAAUAUGGUAGAAAUAAUUAGUCCAGAGAAGAUGAUGAUGAGAUGUUCCACUGGAUGAACAGAAAGCACUUUUUUGAUACUAUGCGAUGAUUAGAAAUCUCUCACCAAAUCACAUUUUCCUACAAACAGGUGAUUGUAACUUUGUAAAUUCAGCCUUAUACACCGUGACCUUUUAGUCUUUAUGUGCUGAUAUAUCGCAUAGAUCAUAGAUCAUUUCUACACUCACAGAUAAGUAUAAUCAUCAGGACCUAAAAAAUCUAAAUAUAUUUAGUUGGCUUCGUGUCAAGAGAGCAAAUAAGAAAUGAUUUGUUUAUAUUUGCCACAUAAAUAACUGGUUCGCAGUGUUUUUCUCUGUUGUUUCCCAGCGUACAGAAACACGAUUAAAAGAAGAUAAAGAAGAUUACAGCUGUUAGAAGGAUGCGGACAUUAAGACAGAUGUUUGAAAUGCUGGAGAUUACGUCAAUGAGAGAGAGAUGAUAAAGGCUGUGAGGCAGCAAUAAACUGGAUCCAUGUGUCAAUACAAAGUAAAGAUGAAAUGGAGUUUUACAAUUUAGCCUUUCAGUGCACUGCAGUGAAAGUGAUCCCAGUAUGAAUCCGUCCAGUUUCUGUGUGUAACGCAUGCAUUUAUGUAGUUUUAUUUUUAAAAGCAAGGCUGCAGCCUCUAUUUGCAGCUUCUUGUUGCACUUUGAGUUUAAGGAACGUUUCAAUGACACAUAUUGAGGAUGUAUUUGCUCGAGAAGCUUCCCGAGACGUGUUUCAACUGUUGUUCUGGGUAUUUUAUUUUGGAAGGAACCCAAUGUUUUAUAUUACUUGUUUGGCGAACUAAUAAAGUGUUCCAAUAAAUAGA